AUUUGCUCAAAAUGUUAUCCAAGAACAAACAAAAUAUCAUUAAAAUCUAACAUCUGAUCUGAAAAUCAGGGAUUUUGUGUUGAAAACAUAGCGAAAAGAGUAAAACAUACACAAAACUAGAUAAAAAAGAAAAAGGAACUUUUUUUGUUCAAUAGUCAUAAUCCAUCUUCAAGGAAACCUUCUUUAGAUCUUUAUUUUAAAUUACUAUACUUCUCCUCACUUUGUCUUCUUCUUCUUAUUGUCAAAUUUUACUCCUUUCUGUGAAGUUGGUUCCCCCCCCCCUCCCUACUAUUUGCUGGUUUUUGUAUUUGGAACUUUGAAGAACAGGGUAAAGCAGAGAUGGCCAUAUCUGGAACUGGGAAUCUUCAUAGAGCUUUGUCAGGUUCAUUUUCUUUUCUGGGGUACAGAUGCUCGAGGUCAGCUAUGGUGUGGAGUUUGGUGGGAUUACUUCUUAUGCUCCAAUUGUACUCAUUUGCUAGCCGGAGAAAUGUAGUGAGAGGAGAUAUCCAAUUGCAUGUGAGUCGUCAUCCGUUAGUCCGGGAACUUGAACAAGUGGAGGAGGAGAAUAUUCAAGUUCCACCUCCUAAGAAGAAAAAAUCUCCGCAUGCUGCUAAACGGAGACGCAAGCGAUCAGCCACUCUGAUCGAUGAAUUUCUCAAUGAGAAUUCCCAGAUUCGGCAUGUAUUCUUUCCGGAAAUGAAAAGUGCCGUAGAUCCAGUAAAGGGUGUGGAAAACGGUAGCCAUCACUACUAUCCCGGGAAAAUUUGGUUGGAUACCGAAGGAAAUCCUAUUCAAGCUCAUGGAGGUGGUAUGCUAUAUGAUGAAAGGUCCAAUACAUACUAUUGGUAUGGAGAGUACAAAGAUGGACCCACAUACCGUGCUUAUAAAAGGGGCGCAGCUCGAGUUGACGUUAUAGGAGUCGGUUGCUAUUCUUCCAAGGAUUUAUGGACAUGGAAAAACCAAGGUAUCGUGUUAGCUGCAGAACAAACAAACGAGACCCACGAUCUCCACAAAUCCAACGUGUUGGAGCGGCCAAAAGUUGUUUUCAACGAGAAAACAGGGAAGUAUGUAAUGUGGAUGCAUAUUGAUGAUGCCAAUUACACUAAAGCUUCUGUCGGCAUUGCUAUCAGUGAUUACCCAACAGGUCCUUUUGAGUAUCUCCAUAGCCAAAGGCCCCAUGGAUUUGACAGCCGGGACAUGACCAUCUUCAAGGACGACGAUGGUGUAGUGUAUCUAAUUUAUUCAUCUCAAGACAAUAGUGAACUUCACAUUGGACCACUUACCAGUGAUUAUCUAGAUGUACAACCCGAUAUGCGAAGGAUCUUGAUUGGACAACACCGAGAAGCCCCAGCUCUAUUUAAGUACCAAGGAACAUAUUACAUGAUCACAUCAGGUUGUACCGGAUGGGCACCAAACGAAGCAUUAGCACAUGCGGCUGAGUCAAUCAUGGGUCCAUGGGAAACAAUGGGAAACCCAUGCAUCGGUGGAAACAAAAUGUUCCGACUAGCAACUUUUUUCGCACAAAGUACAUUCGUAGUUCCUUUACCAGGCAUUCCAGGUUCAUAUAUCUUCAUGGCAGAUCGGUGGAAUCCAGCUGAAUUACGGAACUCAAGGUACGUAUGGUUACCUUUAAUAGUCGGUGGCCCUCCUGACCGUCCUCUCGAGUACAAUUUCGGAUUCCCACCGUGGCCAAGGGUGUCAAUAUAUUGGCAUAAGAAGUGGAGACUUCCCUCUAGUUGGAAGGUAUCGAAAUGAUCUGCUCGUUUUUCUUUCAAUUCUAGCGUAUAUGUACAUUAAAGCUCUUCCCCUAUUCUUCCACCGAUUCACAUCGUUGUCUCGUGAUUUUUCAAAGCUGUUUUUGAGCAUACACACCUCAAUAUUUCAGUGUACAUGGCUUGAUACAUUCAUACAUACAUAUUUAUAUA